GGAAGAAUUAUCUCCCUUGAUACAGUUUCGCAAAUCGUACACGGAAGUUUCUGUUUUGAUACUCGGUCGGUAUGAUGUGAUUUGGUCAGUUUGUACCAACUGUGUCAUUGAAUAAGGAGGAGACAGCACUUGGACAGAGUAGUUAUGGGGGACCCAACAUCAGGCUACCAUGGUGUUGACUCGGCAGUGUUGGAGCGGGAUGCAGGAAUGUAUGCUCAUCAGGCUGUACAGUUUGACCAAGCUGGAAACUACGAGACGGCCAAGUUUUAUUACAUAGAAGCAGCCCAGGCUCUCCUGUCUGCUGCUCUGGGAGGCUCGGAUAGCUCCCGCAACCAGGUCAUACUGGACAAGGCUAAUGAGUACAUGCUGCGAGCUGAAGCACUCAAACAGUCAGUUUCAAGUCAAACACCCAACAACAAAGCACAGCUCCCUGGCAAAAGUCAACAACAGCAAGAUCUGGAGCGAGCCCAGUUCCUCCUUCAUCAGGCAUUUGACGAGGAUGAGAAUGACAAUGAAGAAGAUGCUGUUGAACUGUACUCAGAAGCUGUGGAACUAUUUAUCAAAAUAAGAAAUGAUACAACCGACUCCUCCCUCCAAGCUAAAGUGACAAAGAUGGCAACCCAGGCUCUGGACAGAGCUGAAAACUUGAAGAAGAAGCGCAAACCUCUCAGUCCUAAUAAUAACCAAGGGAAACAACUCCCAAACCAACCAGGAAGAGUUAUGCCCCCUCUUGGCUUUGGAGCCUUUUCAGAGGAUGAUGAUAAACCACGGGCGCGUCCACAACCCCAGGGGAUGCCGGGCCCCCCUCCCCCGACUUCAGGGCCAACCAAUGUGGGGGCCUCCUCCUACACCAAGGAAGAGAUAGCAGUAAUUAGGAGCACCUCAAAAAUCAACAGUCGAGAAUACGUCCCAUUUCUGUCUGUGGAUCUGAAGGAGAGGUUUGCCUUUCCAGUGCCUUUCACUGAUAAGGAUGGGAAGCUGGCCAUGUCCCCAAAACAGAGGUCACAGUUUGGGAAGUGGGCUCGAGCUGAAGAUUUCUGUGAGGAUCCCAAGAUGAUCCUGGCUGUUUCUCCUUUUAGCAUCAGACAGACCAUAGUGUCUGACUGCAGUUUUGUAGCAUCAGUGGCCAUCAGUGCACAGUAUGAGAGGAGGUUCAAGAAGAAGCUGAUCACCAGCAUCAUUUACCCCCAGAACCGUCAGGGAGACCCUGUGUUCAACCCAUGUGGGAAAUACAUGGUCAAACUCAACAUCAACGGUGUGCAUCGAAAGGUUAUCCUGGACGACUACUUCCCAGUUAGUAAACAUGGCGACCUCCUGUGCUCCUUCUCCACCAAUCGGAAUGAGCUGUGGGUGUCCCUCCUGGAGAAGGCCUAUAUGAAGGUCAUGGGUGGAUACGACUUCCCAGGCUCCAACUCUAACAUUGACUUACAUGCCCUGACUGGAUGGAUCCCAGAGAGAGUGGCCAUCAGAACAGGCAGUCAGGAGUUUGACAAGGACCGUGAGUUCAAGAGACUCUUGGAACGCUUCCACAAGGGACACUGUCUGGUUACUGUUGCAACAGGAGAAAUGUCAGAAUCUCAUGCCGACAGAGCUGGACUAGUGCCAACACAUGCCUAUGCCAUGUUGGAUGUCAGAGAGGUCAAGGGUCAGCGAUUGUUCUUGCUGAAGAAUCCUUGGAACCAUUUACGCUGGAAAGGAAAUUUUUCAGAACAUGAUACAACUCACUGGACACCUGACCUUCAGAAGGCCUUGAACUAUGAUCCAAAAAGUGCUCAGACGUUUGAUAAUGGUGUGUUCUGGAUCGACUAUGACUCCCUAUGUUCAUUCUAUGACGUCUUUUACAUCAACUGGAGUCCCGAGCUGUUCACACACACAACAUGCAUACACCAUUCCUGGCAUUCCAAGGAAGGGCCUAAGAAAGACAGCUACAAUAUAAGUGACAACCCACAGUAUCGCCUGGAGGUCAAAGCCAGCAAGUCUGCUGCUGUGUGGAUCCUCCUCACUCGACAUAUCACAGAUAAGGAUGACUUUGCUGACAACAAGGAGUUCAUCACCGUGCUGGUGUACAAGACUGGGGGCAAGAGAGUAUUCUACCCUUAUGAUCCCCCACCCUAUAAGGAUGGUGUGAGGAUCAACAGUCCGCACUAUCUGUGUAAACUGGUGGAGAACAAGGGGACAUCACUGUACACGCUGGUCGUGUCGCAGUACGAGAAGAACAAUAGUAUUCACUACACACUCAGGGUGUACGCUACGUGUGAGUUUUCCCUCAAGCAGUACAAGGACCCAUACAAGCCACAGUACUUCCAGAAGGUGAAUGGUGCGUGGACUCAAACCUCUGCUGGCGGAUGUUCCAACUACUCCGACACACACAAGAACAACCCUAUCUACCAGAUCCUCAUAGACAACAGUAGUACAGACAACAGUAUACAGAUUGAGCUCCUGGGGCCCAAAGUGUACAGUGUUGGGUUCGAGGUGAUAGCAGUCAGCCAGAAUGUGCCUAGUGCGCCUGGAUCCUUCUCCAAGAAGACAUCAGGAGAUUUCAGACCAGGAUACUGUGUGCUACAGCUGGACAAUAUCUCCGGCGGAAUCUACAACAUACAGCCAUGCACAUUCAGACCUGGAAACCAGGGACCAUUCUUCCUCGAUAUCAGCAGUAAUAUUGCCUUGAAGAUCUCAGCACUACAGUGAUGCAUCAGCAAUGUUGACCCUCCAUCAUCUGUUCAGUUGAUUGAAUUGAAAAGAUAAUGUAUUUCCCCUGUAAUAUAUCUUGCAAAUCCAGUGAGCCAUAAGUGGCAUAUUGAUGCCAGUUUAUUUGGUGCAUUUGUCUGAAUAUAUUGAAAGAAUUUAUGUGAUUUAAGUGUUCAUAACUACAUGCGGUUAAUGGUUACUAUGCAGUAAAGACAACAUUUCAUGAACACAAACCAUGUUUAUAAACAUUGUCAUGUUAUGUCAGAACUGGGAAAGUCUUUGUCAUUUGGAUGACAAGGAGCGUCUUUGAAACCGUCUUGUCUUUUGAACUGGAAAGUGUGACAUUGCUUUGAUUUACAAAGACCGGCAUUCUAGUCUUUGGUUGUGACAAGACAUUAAAGAUAUAGUGCCUUCUUAGCCCUCAUCAUCAUGUUAAUUGUAUUGUGUUGAAAACACCCAUGCCUACCAUGUUACUGAUCUGAAGAGUCCAGUGUUUAGUUGUUCACGGACAGCUGAUGGUUAUAUGUUUGUGUGUCCUCAACACCAGGUCAGUCUGGUGUCAGCAUCUCCACACACGAUCACCUCAAGAUAAGCUGUUGAUGUUGUGAUAAUUCAUAUAAUAUCUGAAUGUUCUCCAUUUCUGUCUGUAUCAUAUUUGUUCCUCCAUGACAACUGUUAACCUCCGAGUCUGUGGAGAUACAUGAUCAACUGAUCUCUUCCCAGUCUGUGGAGAUACAUGAUCAACUGAUCUCUUCCCAGUCUGUGGAGAUACAUGAUCAACUGUUCACUUCCCAGUCUGUGGAGAUACAUGAUCAACUGUUCACUUCCCAGUCUGUGGAGAUACCUGAUCAACUGUUCACUUCCCAGUCUGUGGAGAUACAUGAUCAACUGUUCUCUUCCCAGUCUGUGGAGAUACAUGAUCAACUGUUCACCUCGCAGUCUGGAGAUACCUGAUCAACUGUUCACUUCCCAGUCUGUGGAGAUACAUGAUCAACUGAUCUCUUCCCAGUCUGUGGAGAUACCUGAUCAACUGUUCACCUCCGAGUCUGUGGAGAUACAUGAUCAACUGAUCUCUUCCCAGUCUGUGGAGAUACAUGAUCAACUGUUUAUGUCCCAGUCUGUGGAGAUACCUGAUCAACUGUUCACCUCCGAGUCUGUGGAGAUAAAUGAUCAACUGUUCUGCUCCCUUACCAUCUGCCAUGCUACAUGGUUAUCCCACACCAUGGUGUACAUGUCACAGCAGCCAGAGAGUUGUACAAGGAAGGUGCUGGUGUCUCCGGCCACAGGAAGGAGCAAUCCUUGAACAGUUUCAUAACCUCAUGUAUACCUGAUGUUCAGCUUAGGGCACUUAGCAACAUACUGCAGUAAAAAAAAUGUCUGCUGUCUUGUUUCUUUUCUUCCGCCAUGUUGUUCCCACAGUGAUGCCAUUUCACACCCCAAGCCAUUGAUUCACAUCAUUUGCAAUUGCCAGUUGCGGUAUUAUAUAGUGGAACCAACAGGGUAAGCACUGCUUUUCAAGGUUUGCAGUUGCUGCAGUCUGCUAACAUUAACUGUGGAAACAUAACUAGCUACUUUUUAUGAUAGAAAACACCUCAACCACAAUAACCACUAUGAUAUAACUGAAAUACUGUUCAAUGUAGCGUAAAAUCCCAUUCACCCAUGGUAAUCAUGGAACAGUAUACUGAAUACUUCAUUUCAAGUACAUAGAUGUAUGUGAUAUCGUAGCAGCAUAUCAUGAAAAGUGUAGUUCAUCUCUGCUGGUGGUGUGACAGCUACAGUGGUAGAGGUCAACUUGACCUCUUCAAGGAAACAAUGGCACAAUGGCAUUGUAAAAAAAUAUCUGUUGGCAGUCUGAUUGUGGCCCGUGCUGACUCUAUUGCUUGGUGUAUCUGUUGGCAGUCUGAUCAUGGCCUGUGCUGACUCCAUUGCUUGGUGUAUCUGUUGGCAGUCUGAUCAUGGCCUGUGUCAACUCUAUUGCUUGGUGUAUCUGUUGGCAGCCUGAUCAUGGCCUCUGCUGACUCCAUUGUUUGGUGUAUCUGUUGGCAGUCUGAUCGUGGCCUGUGUCAACUCUAUUUCUUGGUGUAUCUGUUGGCAGUCUGAUCGUGGCCCGUGUCAACUCUAUUGCUUGGUGUAUCUGUUGGCAGUCUGAUCGUGGCCUGUGUCAACUCUGUUGCUUGGUGUAUCUGUUGGCAGUCUGAUCAUGGCCUGUGUCAACUCUGUUGCUUGGUGUAUCUGUUGGCAGUCUGAUCAUGGCCUGUGUCAACUCCAUUGCUUGGUGUAUCUGUUGGCAGUCUGAUCAUGGCCUGUGCUGACUCUAUUGCUUGGUGUAUCUGUUGGCAGCCUGAUCGUGGCCUGUCAACUCUGUUGCUUGGUGUAUCUGUUGGCAGUCUGAUCAUGGCCUGUGUCAACUCCAUUGCUUGGUGUAUCUGUUGGCCGUCUGAUCGUGGCCUGUGUCAACUCUGUUGCUUGGUGUAUCUGUUGGCAGUCUGAUCGUGGCCUCUGCUGACUCCAUUGCUUGGUGUAUCUGUUGGCAGUCUGAUCGUGGCCUGUGUCAACUCUGUUGCUUGGUGUAUCUGUUGGCAGUCUGAUCGUGGCCUGUGUCAACUCCAUUGCUUGGUGUAUCUGUUGGCAGUCUGAUCGUGGCCCGUGUCAACUCUGUUGCUUGGUGUAUCUGUUGGCAGUCUGAUCAUGGCCUGUGUCAACUCCAUUGCUUGGUGUAUCUGUUGGCAGUCUGAUCGUGGCCCGUGUCAACUCUGUUGCUUGGUGUAUCUGUUGGCAGUCUGAUCAUGGCCUGUGUCAACUCUGUUGCUUGGUGUAUCUGUUGGCAGUCUGAUCAUGGCCUGUGUCAACUCCAUUGCUUGGUGUAUAUGUUGGCAGUCUAAUCAUGGCCGGUGCUGACUCCAUUGCUUGGUGUAUCUGUUGGCAGUCUGAUCGUGGCCUGUGUCAACUCUAUUGCUUGGUGCAUCUGUUUGCAGACUUAUCAUGGCCUGUGCUGACUCUAUUGCUUGGUGUAUCUGUUUGCAGACUGAUCAUGGCCUGUGCUGACUCUAUUGCUUGGUGUAUCUGUUGGCAGACUGAUCAUGGCCUGUGCUGAUGCCAUUGCUUGGUGUAUCUGUUGGCAGUCUGAUCGUGGCCUGUGUCAACUCUAUUGCUUGGUGUAUCUGUUGGCAGUCUGAUCGUGGCCUGUGCUGACUCCAUUGCUUGGUGUAUCUGUUGGCAGCCUGAUUGUGGCCUGUACUGACUCCAUUGCUUGGUGUAUCUGUUGGCAGUCUGAUCGUGGCCUCUCCUGACUCUAUUGUUUUGUGUAUCUGUUGGCACUCUGUUUCUGGCCUGUGUCGACUCUAUUGCUUGUAACUGAUUUAACUGAUUUUUCCACCAGCAAGUGUGGCCUCAGGCCCAAGGUUGUGGUAUGUAGUCAGGAGAUGUUAUAUUGGGUCAUGAUAUCAUUGUUCAGCCAUUUGGUAUUCCAGAAUGACAUGACUUUACAAAUGACGAGCUUAGUUUUCAAUAGUGAAACUAUUAGGGAUGGAAGUUAAUGUGAUAUAUCACUUUGUCAAGUUGGUUAUAUGUGAUUUUUUUCUCCACUUCUCCCCAGUCAAGAUGGUCAGGUUUAUGCAAACACUCAUCCAGACACAGCGACACACUCACAGACACACACACACACAUUUGCUUCUUGUAUUUGUAAAAGAAAUGAAAUUCAAUAAAUACAUGUUUGAAAUAAA